AUGGCCGACGUUGGCCGCAAGCGCGCGCUUGACGGCGAUGGGCCUGCGACUGUGCGCAAGAAACUGAGGCCCUCGGAGCUCCCGUUGUCGCAGGCCAAACGAGCAGCCAUCGACGGCUUGGUGCAUAUGUUCCAGAAAAAGGGAACGUACGACGAUAUCCGCCGAGACCUGAUGAAGCAAUACGUAUCAGGACCAGCCAAGGAUGAGCUCCAAGCCGCUCUCAAGGAUCUCGUCGAGCGCGAGACUGAUCGCAAUCCCUCAUUGCUGUCCAAAGACCCCCGAAUGGCGACGACACUUAUUGAAGGCGCAGGCGAACGCAGCGAUAUUUACGGGAACAUCAUGAACACUGUGAACACUUUGCUGGACCGAUUGAUCCAAGAGCAAGGUCUGCCAAAGAUGCGCGAGUACCGCAUCCAAGAAAUUGGCGCUGAAGCAGCCGCCGAGGAAGAGAAGCGGGGCAGCAAAACCGAGGAAGAAUGGGCGCAAGAAGCAGAGGCGCGACGUGAGAGACGUGAGGCCAGGCGUGAGAAAGAACUUGAGGAAGAGCGUGAGAGGGAGCGCGAGGAAAGAGCGAAGAAGGAGGAGCGCAAGCGUCGCGAGAGGGAAGAGGAUGAGGCUCGUGAAAAGGCGCGCCAGGAAGAGAAGGAGCGGAGGCGCAAAGAGCGCGAGGAACGAGAAAAGGAAGACGAGGAGCGGCGGCGCAAGGACCGCGAGAGGAUCGAUAAGGAGAGAGAGGAGGAGCGCCUACGCCUCAAGAAGGAACGCGAGGAACACGAAAAGAGCCGUGAGGCACGCCUGAAGAAGAUUCGCGAGGAAGAUGCCGAAAGGGAGCGACGCAUACAGGAGGAGCUCGACCGAGAUCGGGGCGGCCGUCGUCGGGGUGGUCGUGGACGUAGCAGGACUCCCGAACGUGAUAGGGACCGUCGCGGACGAGACAGGAGCAGGCGGAGGAGUAGGACAAGGACCCGGUCACCCGAACGUCGCCCGUCCCUCAAACCUGGAGAUAUCAAAGUGGAUGAUGACCUAGCGCUUCAGUUACUGCUGCAGGAAAGCGAGCAGAUGAAGAAGUCUCGACAACGGCCUGUUCUAGAACGAUCGGAAUCACUUGAACCUCCUAUGCGUAAAGCGCAACCUCCCAAGUCCCUUGUUCCCAGAGACCCGGCAACCACCCGACUGGCGAAGCUCGAAAGCAAGUCUACUUCACCCGCACAUGGUUCGCCAAGCAAGGAUAGCAAGACCCCCGCCCCAAAGACACCAACUGCGCUCGCAAAGGACGACGACACGGCUAUGACGGACGCUCCAUCAAUCGAAAAGUCGAGAUGGGAUUAUCCGCCUGAGCUGCCAUCCAAGCUUGACAAGUCGCGGGGUCGUUCACGAUCACGUAGUGUCGCUCGCAGUACUAGAAAACGUAGCAAAACCCGCUCACCAUCUCGUGGAAGUCGUUACGAUAGGCAAUCGUCUCGUUAUGCAGACGACCGCCGGUCUCGACGGGAUGACGAUAGACAUUCAUACAGACCUUCACGGCGGGAUCGAGAUGACCGGGAUGACAAACACUCGCGCCGUGGCAGUCGCAGUCGCUCACGCGAGACGCAUACUAGCCGCCGCAAGUCGCGCUACGGGUCUCGCAGUCCUUCGCCACCUCGAGAAGAACGGCGUCGCGAUCGUUCGCGCUCGAGGUCACGAGGGGGACGGCGCGAGCGCGAACGCCGCCGCCGCCAUUCUCGCUCUAGGAGUCCCGACAACAUUGAUCGCUAUGUACCAGGUGGUGGCGUUGCAGCCACUGGUGCCUCCCGUAAACGCGAGGACAGUCGAGAUCGUAAGCGUGAGGACAGUCGGCCGCCUCGGAAACGUGACAACAGCCGUGACCGUCCACGAGGCUACCGUGCACGAGACUACGACCGUUGGGAUGGCGGUAGAGAACGAGGAAGUAGACGUCUAGAGUCCGACUGCUACCAACCAGGCGGUGGUGGCGAUGUCGAUGACAAAGAUCGCGAUCGCAAGCCUAGGGACAGGAGUCGUGAGCGAAGUCGUGACAGAGGACGAGAUGAUAGAGACAGGCGGAGGCGUGCAAGGAGCCGCACCCGAAGCCGUAGUCGGGAUCGAAGACGCUGA